GAAGGCGAGAUUAUAAAUACAGCACUACUUGACCACUGCAUGAAGUUGUCACAGUGCAUUUGUUCCAUGAUGGCGCAACAUGUUAUUUAUUCAAGCACACCGGCAGCCCUUUUGUUACUUGUUUUUACGAUAUCCAACUUAGUAAACGGUAAUGCAUUUACAGAAGUGAAAGUAUCUGAUAGCCUGAAAGUGAAAUCAGUGAAUGCUUUAAUUACAAAGCAAUCUCAUGCACGAGAGUAUCUGUCCGCUGGUCCAGGUUUCCUUGUAGAGAUUCUUGGUACCGGCCUCGAGAGCAACGUUUCGUUACGCUGGUCAUCUACACCUGACGAUUGCGAUCCAAACAACAGAUUAGACGCAAUCUUGAUCGCACAUAAUGGCAGUCGUGCAAUAUAUAAGUUUAUUCGAAUUCCUAAUUUUAAGGUUACCACGAUCUAUUUCUGUCUGAGAACCAUCAGCAGAUUCGGCGAAACAUGGACCAAUCUUGGAAGCAAUUUAACUAUUAAGCGCCCAGUUCAACCAGAAAAAUAUUUUCGUACACGUCGUUCCAAUGCAUUAGAUAAUUUUGAUGAUGAAUACAAAGAUCCAUCAAUUGAUGAAAUGCAUACAAAUGUAUUUGUUGAGGGAUUAAGAAUAGAGACUUCAGAGAAGGAUCCUAGCUACAGAGAGGAUGGUAUUCCUGAGAUAUUAGCUGGAAGUAGGGCUGUUAUACGACUAUUUGGCUUUGGUUUUACCGAAGAUACAUUGGUUGCAUUCACAGAUGAACCGGCAAACAGAACUGAUAUUUGUGAUAAAAUUAGAAGCAGUCAAUUUCCAGUAAAAAAUGUAAAAAAUCAUACUGCAACUAUUGAUGUUGUUUUACCGCUUGGUUCACCAUUCUAUGUGUGUGUAAAACAACCAAUAUAUGGAAAAGAAAGUUCUGACCGUUUGCUUUUUAAACAUCAGGGUACUGCAUCAUGGACUACUAUAUAUACAUAUGAAAAAUUCUUACCACUUUGGCUCAGUAUUGUAAUUAUUCUCUUGUGUCUUAGCUUUUCUGCUUUGUUUUCUGGUUUGAAUUUGGGAUUAAUGGCAAUGGAUAGAACUGAAUUAAAAAUACUUUGUAAUACUGGAACGGAAAAGGAAAAACAGUAUGCAAGAACAAUACAGCCAGUGAGAAAUCAUGGGAAUUAUUUGUUGUGUUCGAUUUUAUUUUCGAAUGUUUUGGUAAAUUCAAUCUUUACCAUUUUGCUAGAUGAUCUAACUUCUGGAUUAGUUGCUGUUAUUUGUUCCACCUUGUCUAUUGUAAUUUUUGGCGAAAUUUCACCGCAAGCUAUUUGUAGCAGACAUGGAUUGUGUAUUGGAGCAAAGACUAUUUAUAUCACAAAAUUAACCAUGAUAAUAACAUUUCCGAUGAGUUAUCCUAUUAGCAAACUUCUAGAUGUUCUUCUCGGUGAAGAAAUCGGCAAUGUAUAUAAUCGUGAACGAUUGAAAGAACUUGUAAAGGUGACGACAGGGUAUAAUGAUUUAGAAAAGGAUGAAGUGAAUAUUAUUGCUGGAGCAUUAGAACUGCGGAAGAAAACUGUUAAAGAUGUAAUGACAAAAAUUGAAGAUGUAUACAUGUUGAAUUAUGAUGCCAUUUUAGAUUUUGAAACAGUGUCGGAAAUCAUGAAAUCAGGUUUCUCGCGUAUACCAGUAUACGAAGGUACAAGGACAAACAUCGUAACAAUGCUUUAUAUUAAAGAUCUUGCUUUCGUUGAUCCAGAUGAUAAUAUGCCACUUAAAACUUUGUGCCAAUUUUAUCAAAAUCCGUGCAACUUUAUUUUCGAAGAUGUUACAUUAGAUAUUAUGUUUAAACAAUUUAAAGAAGGUCAUAAAGGUCACAUGGCAUUUGUGCAAAGAGUAAAUAAUGAAGGUGAAGGAGAUCCAUUUUAUGAAGUAAUAGGAUUAGUCACAUUGGAGGAUGUUAUAGAAGAAUUGAUUCAAGCUGAGAUCAUGGAUGAAACCGAUGUAUUUACGGAUAAUAAAAGUAAACGUAGAAGACAAGCUAGACAUAAAAUACAAGAUUUUACUGUAUUUGCGGAGAAGAAAGAAAAUCAGCGUAUUCAUAUAUCGCCGCAGUUGACAUUGGCCAUGUUUCAGUACUUAUCAACAACUGUAGAUGCAUUUAAACCCGAUACAAUAUCAGAAACUAUUUUACGCCGUUUACUUAAACAAGACAUUAUUUAUCAUAUCAAAGUGAAGUCGCGCGAAAAGGCAAGAAAUGAUCCGUCAGCAGUAAUUUAUCAACAAGGAAAAGCAGUCGAUUAUUUCGUCUUGAUCUUAGAAGGUCGAGUUGAAGUUACGGUUGGCAAAGAAAAUAUGAUGUUCGAAAGUGGACCAUUUACGUAUUUUGGUUCUCAGGCGCUCACAGUUAAUGUUGGAAUCGCUGAAUCACCGACCAAUACAAAUCCUCAAACAGUAGGCAGCAUACAAUCGGUUAAUUUGGAUUCGAUAUUGAGAUACACGUUUGUUCCUGAUUAUACAGUGCGAGCUGUAACCGAAGUGUUUUAUGUUAAAAUUAAAAGAUCUUUGUAUUUGGCUGCGAAACGAGCAACUCUUCUGGAACGAAGCCAAAAAGAUCCCAUACCUGGAAGUCAAGAACAAUUUGACGACGAAAUAGAAAAGUUAUUGCAUUCUUUGGACGAGGAUGAUCGCAGCGUACCAGAAUCUCCAGUAUUACCGAUCGAUAAGGACAAGGAAAGUAAAAAAGAUAAAGAAAAGGAAAAAGACGGCGUACAAUCUCCCAUUCAUAGUGCUACUGCUCCAACUUCACCUGCUCCAGUUAGUGCUAGUCCAGUUACACAUUCAAAAUUUAUUUCAUCGUUCAGUGAUCAUAAUGGCAAAUUAAAAAAUUCACCAAUGAAGACAAUGAUCACGAGUCCGAGUCAAGGACAAACCAACUUGGAGUUAAAUUCAGAUAUUCUUGCUCUCCAAGAAGCAAAUAAAAUCAUAUCAGCAAAGAAAUUAAUCGAAGAGGAAGAAAGAACGAAUCUCCUGCCUAAGCAAGAAGACUCUUAACGCUCGAAGAUCGGUCGACGAUGUUUAAACGCGUCGACGUUGUUGACAAUGCAGGUAUUAAACAACGAAGAGCAGGAAAAACCUCUAUGACAUAGAAUGCUAUGAUGGCAUUAGGUACUUAACAAAUUACAUAAAUAUUUAUCGCAAAACAAAUCGAUAGCUGAUGUUAAAUAUUUUAAGUUCUAAAUGGUUGGCUCAAAGACUAUCCACUAUAUCCUAGUUCUGUGAAGUUAGUACGCUCAGGGAAGUUUGCCAAAAUUUCAGACAUUCAUAUAUUCGAUUCUUACAGUCUACGUAAAUAGUCCAAUACGUAACUGAUGUUCAAACCUAUUUUUAAGUGACAAAUGUUUUAUUUCUCGAAAGAGCGGAACGCUUAACUAAGAAAAGUCUAUUCUCAUCGUAAUAGAAAAAAAAAAAAAUUCAUUUUCUACUAUCUACCACAAAAUGCACACGUUUGUUCAAUAAUUUUUCUUGAACACUUGUAAAUAUCGUUUUACUGUACAUUUUCAUUUAGAACGAAACAUUUGUGAUGUGUAUUUCAUUCUUCACAAUGAAAUACACGUUUACAUGACAUUUCUUGACGAGCGUAUAUUAACAUUUUUCAUAUCGUUCAGUUUACAUUACAAAGAACAAAGUAAAUUUUGAAAAGGUUCGAAGGGUAAAUUAUCGAGUAAAACUUGUUGCAGUUUAAAUAUUAUAUGCAAAACAAUACAUAACACGUACCUUAUUUAGAUUUUGUAAAAUUAGAAAGGUUCAUUUAAAAAUGUACUUGCUCGUGAAAAUAUUAACGUGUAAUAGAAGAGAGUACAAAUUGAGGGAAGUGUUGCUAAGGAAACGUUCGAGUACAUUAUUUAAAUAUAUUCUCAAAAUAAUGCAGGGGUCUUUAAAAAAUAAUUCUCUUUUUUCCAUCAGUUAUACCGUAUUCGUUGCAUCGUAUUUCUUACCUAAUUGUGAAUAGUGUAAAUAGAAGUUACAAAUAGUUCACAUUUAUAAUGAAUGGUAAGAAAAUUUUCGGUACAUAGUUACAAUAAUUGUUUAUGUUUUUAUUCAGUGCCUUAAAAGAAAGAAAGAAAAAAAAAAGAAAUUAUAAAACUGUGUUUAAUCAUCUACGAACAAGACGUAUUUUAAUACUGCAUGCAAUUUAUUAUUUUCAUAUUAGAUUCAUUACAUAACUUGAUUUGAAUUCAUUUAUAUUAUUACAAUAACUUGCAACCCACUUAAGUAUUUUCAAUCUAACGUAAGGAUUCACUUUCUCAUCAAUUUUCAUGCGAUGCGUGAUAUUCAUUGCGUAUGUAUCAUAAAAAAUAGUAUUUUGAACAAGAAUGUCAAGUGAUAAUAUACAACGGCGGUACCAUCAUCCCUGUGACGGAAUAGUGAAUUUCAAGAAGUUCGAUAUUUUAAUACCAGCCUAACGCGUGUUUUCACAUCUCUAAUGGUUGUUGUUAUUUUGUUCAUCAUUGUAGAAAACCAUAAGUUAUCAAUACAACCUGACGAUCAAUGCCGGUACAUAUCCUAAGUUCGAAAUAGUUCUAUCGAUAAAAAUCUUCCUGAAUUUCGAAGUAUCCUUAACAAAGAGGAGAUAAUAAUUAUGUAAUAAGCUGUUAAAUCUUAAUGUAACGAAAUAAUAUACAAACACCUAUUGUCGGAUUUUUUAAUGAGAAAAACAAUCAAUUACCGUGUUUCAUAGAAAAUGAACAAUAAAAAAAAAAA